UUUCUCGAUUCUCUUGCCCUAAAAGGUUGAAAAUUCAUGUCGAAAUUUGAUAAUGAAGUAUGCAUGAAAGUUGGGUUUAGGUUUUUGCAAGUUGGAGAGUGGAGACUGUAACUAGCUAAUGGAGUUUUUUUGAAGUCAAUGAAUGAUGCCCAAAGUCCAAUAAAUUAGAAAGAAAAAGACGUCUGCAUGAUUGAUUGCUUUCUUUUUGUCUACCUUUUGCAUGAUCUAUAAGUGCAUCAGUUGAAGAGUAAGUGAAAAUCAAUUAAGCUCUCUACUCUCCCUAAGCAGAGAUGAGAGUAAGUUUGAUGAUGGGGAAGCAUAGAUUAGCCAAUCUGAUUAUCCUGCUUCUGAACCUGGGAGCUUUGCUCGCUUCUGUUGCAUGUCCCGAAUGUCGACACCCUUCUCCUCCGCCAAAAUGUCCUCCUCCAAAGUUUCCACCCAAACAUCUUCCCAUUGUGAAGCCUCCAUUUCACCCUAAACCACCAAAACAUCCGCCCCAUCCUCCUAAGCCACCUAAGCCUCCUGUAGUAAAGCCUCCUCAUUUCCCCAAACCUCCAGUUGUAAAGCCUCCCUAUGUACCCAAGCCACCUUUUGUAAAGCCUCCACCUUAUACACCAAAGCCUCCCUAUGUACCCAAACCUCCUGUCGUAAAGCCUCCCCACGUGCCAGUGCCCAAGCCACCUUAUGUGCCCAAACCUCCUGUUGUAAAGCCUCCACCUUAUACACCCAAGCCUCCCUACGUGCCGGUGCCCAAGCCACCUGUUGUAAAGCCUCCACCUUAUACACCAAAGCCUCCCUAUGUACCCAAACCUCCUGUCGUAAAGCCUCCCCACGUGCCAGUGCCCAAGCCACCUUAUGUCCCCAAACCUCCUGUUGUAAAGCCUCCACCUUAUACACCCAAGCCUCCCUACGUGCCGGUGCCCAAGCCACCUUAUGUUCCCAAGCCCCCGGUUGUAAAGCCACCACCUUAUACACCCAAGCCUCCCUACGUGCCGGUGCCCAAGCCACCUUAUGUUCCCAAGCCCCCGGUUGUAAAGCCACCACCUUACGUACCCAAACCUCCCUACGUGCCGGCGCCUAAGCCACCUUAUGUUCCCAAGCCCCCAGUUGUAAAGCCCCCACCUUACGUACCCAAACCUCCUGUCGUCAAACCACCAACACCUUAUUACCCAAUACCCCCAGUCAUAUCACCACCAAUUCUGCCUCCAAAACCUCCUGUCUAUCCUAGUCCUCCCAUUGUGAAGCCACCAACACCGCCGAUUCUGCCUCCAACGCCUCCUGUCUAUCCGAGUCCUCCCAUCGUGAAGCCACCAACACCGCCAAUUCUGCCUCCAACUCCUCCUGUGAAGCCACCAACACCACCAAUUCUGCCUCCAGCGCCACCUGUCUAUCCGAGUCCUCCCAUUGUGAAGCCACCAACUCCGCCAAUUCUGCCUCCAACUCCUCCUGUGAAGCCACCAACACCACCAAUUCUGCCUCCAGCGCCUCCUGUCUAUCCGAGUCCUCCCAUUGUGAACCCACCAACACCGCCAAUUCUGCCUCCAACUCCUCCUGUGCAGCCACCAACUGUGCCUCCAAAGCCUCCUGUAAAUCCAAGUCCUCCUAUUGUGACGCCACCUCCAGUCGAGAAACCGUGUCCGCCACCACCACCACCCUUGCCAUAUCCACCACCUCCGGCGCAGCAAACAUGCCCCAUUGACACACUCAAGCUAGGUGCAUGUGUUGACGUGUUAGGUGGUCUAGUGCACAUUGGUAUAGGCAGCAGCGCAAAGGACGCAUGUUGCCCUGUGCUCCAAGGACUGUUGGGCUUGGACGCUGCAGUUUGUCUUUGCACCACAAUCAAGGUCAAGCUUUUAAAUAUCAACAUUAUACUACCAAUUGCUCUUCAGGUCCUCAUCGAUUGUGGCAAGACUCCACCUCCAGGAUUCCAAUGUCCAGCAUAAGGACAAGGUCAUGGAUCAGUUUGGAGGAGAAUAAGUUUUGGAAGGUUGAAGUAGAUAGUACAAUUCCAAGGAGAAUUUGUGCUUUAAGUUUUCUGUUCUGUUCUCAAGUUGAGAGCUAAUCAUGUAAUUGUAAUGUUGGGAAACAUGUUUGUUUGUUUGUUUUUUUUUUUAAAUGUCAGAGGUAGCUUGUGUUGGAGUUAAAAGUUUUACGUGCGUGGUUGCACUCUUCUUAGAGGAAUUUAAUUUUAUUUUGGGAUUGAAAAAGGGAAAAGGUAAAAUCACAUGCACAAACUCUAUUCAUUAGUACUGCGUCAAUUGAAGUCCACAGAAGUGGCAAUUAAAAGAAAGGUAGAAAAUGUACCCGAUGUUUUGACACUGUGCAACUGUAACUAGUUUGGUUCUCGUGUGUCCGUAAUUUCUUUUCUUUUUUUUUUUUUCGGACUAUAAACAACU